AUGCCUGGGGUGAAGGAAGGUUUGUGCUGUUUCUGGAAGUUUCCUUUCUGUCACUCUCCUAAAAAGUAUAAAAAAUCUGGUAGCAAAUCUGGCCCUACCAAGUUACGUAAACGUAGCCGCAGGUAUACAGAUGGCACAUUUGUAAGUGAAACAGAAGAAAACACAGCUGAUCAGACUGAAGGACAUGAUCUGUCACAAGUGGAAGUCGCAAGCUCCAAAAAAAUUGUAACUUUUGACAUGAACAAAACAGUUGUUGAGACAGUCAGUAAGCCAGUGGAUGAAUCUAGUGAAGCUGAUGGACAGAAAAAAAUUAUUAAAAAUGCUGGAGUUUUUGAAAGUAAGUAUGGGAGAGCCGUUUCACAUCCUGUCGACCCUGAGGAGACGAGGCUAACACGCUCCUAUAUUGGUGGACAUCAGGAGGAUCUGAUGAAUUUCCGGUCUAUACCCAGUGCAUCAUUCAGACGAAGCCAAAGGAUUAGCCACAAGCGAAGCGUUAUUAACUCUCUCUAUGGGGUCAAUCCUAAUUGCAAGUUUGGACCUAAAGGAUAUAUUUUAACCUCACCAGCCGAUUCUUCAAAUAUCCCUGAUCCCAGCAACCAAAAGCUCAUGUGGCUGAAAACUCCCCUGACUGUACUGAUAAUUCGGAAACACCAGGACGACUCAGUUCUGGCUCCAUUUAGAGAUUUAGUUAUCUGGUUAAUGGAGGAGAAAAACAUGAUUGUGCAUGUGGAGAAGAUGGUGCUGGAGGAGCCGUUCCUUCAGAUGGACGAGAAGUUUCAACUGGUGAAGGACAGGCUCCGGGUGUUUAAGGAAGGUGUGGAUGACCUAACAGACAAAGUGGACUUCAUUAUAUGUCUGGGCGGUGACGGAACCUUGCUGUAUGUGUCCUCAUUAUUUCAAAGUAGUGUCCCACCAGUCAUGGCAUUCAACAUGGGAUCCCUAGGGUUCCUGACCCCGUUCCAGUUCUAUGAGGAUUUCAAAGGCGAAGUGUCAAGGGUCAUGGAAGGUGCAGCAUCUCUGCUGCUACGAUUUCGACUGAAGUGUGUGGUCAUAACCCACGACAAGGUGUCUGCGGGCUGCAUUCCUCACGUGAAACAUAUACAUAAAGAACAUUAUUCUCUGAAGGCACAUAAAAUGGUUCUGAAUGAAAUCGUCAUUGACAGGGGUCCAUCUUCAUAUCUCAGUAACCUUGACCUUUACAUUGAAGGCAGACAUGUGACUACAGUUCAAGGAGAUGGUUUAAUCAUUUCAACCCCAACAGGAAGUACCGCCUACGCUGUGGCAGCCGGAGCAUCCAUGAUCCAUCCCAGUGUCCCUUGCAUACUCGUGACCCCAAUUUGCCCUCAUUCAUUAUCAUUUCGGCCUGUGGUUGUUCCAGCUGGUGUCGAAAUCAGGGUUGUGUUGAAUCCAGGCUCCAGAGGUACAGGGAUGGUGUCCUUUGACGGACGGGACAGGGUGGAGAUUCAACAGGGAGACAGUUUGAGAGUAACCACGUCCAUGUACCCAGUGCCUUCUAUAUGCGCCGCGGAUCAGAUUGCCGACUGGUUUGACGGCCUGUCUGUCUGCCUCAACUGGAACCUCCGCCUGUCCCAGCGACCCUUGAAGAGCUCCGGCAGUUUGACCUCAAUCGAUUCCUUCGACUCUGACG